AUGGCUGCCGAAGAAGUUCCCCUGCAAAACAGUGAGCUGUUCGAUGUCAGUGACUGCGUUGCGGUUGUCACUGGUGGUGGAACGGGGAUGGGCCUGAUGAUGGCAAAGGCACUCGAGGCUAACGGAGCCAAAGUCUACAUCCUGGGUCGACGGCUGGCAGUCCUUGAAGCUGCUGCUAAGCAAGCAACUUACGGCAACAUAUACCCCCUACAAUGUGAUAUCACAUCCAAGGAUGACCUAGAGACGGCGGUCGAACACAUUGCCAGCGAGGAUGGUUUCGUCAAUUUGGUAGUUAACAACGCUGGAAUCUCAACACCGAAUCUAGGCCCUCAGAGGACACGACCUAAUGCCAAAUGGAGCAUCACAGACUUGCGGAACUACUGGUUCAGCAAGCCCUCGUUCGAAGACUAUGCCAGAGUCCUCGAGGCCAACACCACCGCACCACUGAUGGUGACCUUUGCAUUCCUCGAGCUUCUUGAUCGUGGCAACCGUGUCCGCGCAGAGCAGGCAAAGGCAAACAGUGGCCGAUCAGACUACGUACGCAGCCAGGUCAUCAUGGUCAGCAGCGUUGGUGGGUUUGGUCGCGAUAAUUCGGCCUUCAUCUACGGCGCCAGCAAGGCCGGGACAACGCAGAUGACCAAGAACCUAUCAACAUAUCUCACGCCGUGGAAGAUUCGGGCGAAUGUACUAGCACCAGGAUAUUUCCACACGGAGAUGACCCAAGAUUUCUACAAGAGUACAGGAGGUCGAUUGCCGGCUACCAUGACUCCUGAAGAGCGAUUCGGAGACAUGCAAGAAAUUAGUGGGACACUUUUGUAUAUGGCCUCCAAGGCCGGGGCGUAUUGUAAUGGCUCAGUGAUGCUGUCUGAUGGAGGCUAUCUUGCAGUCCACCCAAGUGCCUAUUAA